GGCGGGGUCCUGACGCGCUGGCAGUCUGCGCUGAGGCUGAGCACAGUUCAACAGAAGUCAACUUUGGGUGAACGUCAGAACAUUUCACCGAAGUAUUUGCUUCAUCCCUGUGACUCUGCGUUUGGCCGCUGAAGCACAACUUUAGCUUUUUGGACUCUCGGGACCACAGCGAUGAGCAUGGAGCCGGUCCGGAUGGUUCUGUGUCUGCUGUCCGUGUUUAUCUCGCUGCUCUCGGACCGGUUGGUGGUGUUGGCUUCCUUCUCCCAGGCUAUGGACAGCGACUUCACCUUCAGCUUACCUGCUGGCCGGAAGGAAUGCUUCUACCAAACCAUGAAGACAGAGGCCUCCCUGGAGAUUGAAUAUCAGGUGUUAGACGGUGCCGGUCUCGACGUGGACUUCUCCAUCUCUUCUCCUUCCGGCCAGUUGCUCUUCAGCGAUCAGCGCAAGUCAGACGGCGUCCACACCGUGGAAGCUCAUGAGGACGGGGACUACGCGUUUUGCUUCGACAACACGUUCAGCUCCAUAUCCGAGAAGCUCGUCUUCUUCGAGCUGAUCCUGGACAACAUGGAUCAGGAGGAAGACCCAGACAACUGGAAGGAGCACAUCAUUGGGACAGAUUCGCUGGACAUGAAGCUGGAGGACAUUCUGGAUACCAUCAACAACGUGAAGUCUCGCCUGGGAAAAAGUGCGCAGAUCCAGACGCUGCUACGGGCGUUUGAGGCUCGCGACCGGAACCUCCAAGAGAGCAACUUUGACAGAGUGAACUUUUGGUCGGUGGUCAACCUCGUCGUGAUGAUGGUGGUGUCGGCCGUCCAGGUCUAUUUAGUCCGCUCACUGUUCGAGGACAAGAGGAAAAUUCGCACAUAACGUCGCCUGGGGCUGGACGGACACAAACCAUGAAACUAACACACGUUAACACAGUUACAUUAGGGACGCUUUUUUUGUUUGUUUGUUUUUGUUUUCCUCAGCAUCAUUCUGUCUUUCAGAUGUUUGCAGAAACCAAUAGUGGUUCAGGACUGAUUGGCCACUGUUGUUGCUUCAGGUUUUCUGUCCACCGGAGCUUGGGAAUGGAUCACAAGUGUCGACUAGCCAUACCUCCACUCGACAACCUUUUUACAAGAAAAAUGUUUUCUCUCUUUAUAGCUUUAUACUGUUUUAAGGUCCUUCUUAGCUGCUGUAGUGGUUUACACAACACGUCAUAACAAGUUUACGAUAUGCAACUACUUUUCUACUAGAGCAGGAGCGUUACCAGGCCAGUGGCCAAUUUGCAAAUAUUGUCUCGCUAUUUUUAUUUUUUUUUCCUGAGUGAAGGUAGUUGAAGUUGUCACUUGCUGCUGGGAUAACUUAUUUUUGCCAAACAGUUUGGUAGCAUGUCUUAAUUACUCUGGAGAGAGAAAAAAAAUCUACAUGUCAGUUUUGAACUCAUCUCUGAGGUCUGUGAAGUUGGCAGCAAGUAUGAAUGCUGUUGAAAAUUAGACGUGCUUUGUUCCCACACAGCUGCCGAACAGUCAGGUGUGUGGAUUAGUGGGGUGGGGCUGCGCUGGAGCGGAUGAGACGGGGUCCGCGGCGUCCACAGGCCUUCACGUCCUGCUGUGAAGGCCUGUGGCUGCUGGUGGGUGUCUGCUUACAGCCCACCUACUCUGUGAAGACGGCGGGUCCGCUUGUCUGUCUAGUGACAGAGGGCUAUUUCUGUGUGACUGACACCUGGAAGGUCAAUGCCACACCUGCUCAGUUUAACAUGAUCCUCUACAACAUCAGCAUACUCUUAGAUGCUUCUAUCUGUGCUAAAUCUAUACUUAAAAAAAAAAACUGUCAUGAUUAUUGCACUGCCUUUGAAAAACAUUUUUAACAAAUUGACUUUGGGCCCUGGAUCUUUGGAGGUGGGUUAGACGAAGAACAGAGGUCCAUCUCAGACCACCUACUGAAGGUCUUUGUUUGUUUUGGGUUUUUUUUUUGCAUUUUCUCUGUUAAAAUUUUGCUGAUUUAAAAAAAAAAUCCCUAAAGGUUUUCUUUAUACUUGACUUCACUGUUAAAUAACUUAUGCUAUAAGAGUAAAGACACAUCAUGAGAUCAGGCCUUUACUUCAGAGCCUUAUGUUUAAAGUGCAUAACACCAAACAUUUACUAGCUGUGUUAAUAUUAUGCAAAUUAAAUGGGUAACUUGUUCCCCUUUUGUUUGUCUUUAAUCUAUACGAAGCGCUCAUCUGCUCAGCUUUCAUCACUGUGUGGAUAUGUUUGUUAAGAUUAUGGUAUUCUUAUAAAAGAUUGAUUUAAAAUGAUUUUGCAAUCAUAGUAGAUUUAAAAAUUUCCAGUAGUAUUUCUUUGUUACUGAGAAGGAAUAAAGUACUCUGUUACUCUUUUAAAACAUAUAUUUUCUACUAUUUUGAUGAAGCAGUGGAGGCAGGUUGAGGGAACAUGGCAUUUAUUCCACCAAUGUCCUGCACUUGUAGAUGUGUCUAAAUUAAACAAGUCUAUCUUUUCUGA